UUUCAUGUACAAUAAAAUCACAAAACUAUGUACACCAGGAUCUGGUGUGAGUACGUCCCAGCUGCCGCCUAGUGCUAAAGAGGGGGACCUCUUUGUGACUGACAGCUGUGACAGUUACCCAGAAUUCAGGUACAAUUGGGGUUCACUGUUCCCAUCAACUUUCUAGAAAAUGACAUUUUAAAAACAAAUUCAAUUCAAUUAAAAAUGAUCGUUCCCUUUUGAGAGGCACAAAAUCACAGGAUCUUGUUUACAAUUAUAAUUUGGUCGAUCAGAAAUGAAUUAAGUGCUAGUUACCAUGCCAAGGAAUUAGAAUGUUUAGAAAUGUAGUCAAAGAGAGAAGAAGAUUGAGAAAGUUAGAUGACGACAGAACAAUGUUUAUAAAGCUAGAUGAAGACCGAGGAAUGUUUAGAAAUGUAGAUAACGACAGAAGAAUGUUUAGAAAUGUAGAUGACGAAAGAGGAAUGUUUAGAAACGUAGAUAACGACAGAAGAAUGUUUAGAAAUGUAGAUGACGAAAGAGAAAUGUUUAGAAACGUAGAUAACGACAGAAGAAUGUUUAGAAAACUAAAUGAUGAUGAUUGAGUCCUAUUAUAGCGGGUUAUGUGUCCUUGUUAUUUUAGCAUGUUCACAGCGCUCUGAUGUUCUAAAAUCUAUUCAAAGAAAAAUGGGUUUAAAUGGUUCUUAAAUAAUUUUGUAUAAUUUAAAGAUUGAGUCUAAAUGCCCCACAAUUUAGGCGCAAUAGCUUCAAAAGAGCGCACUCCGUAUGACUUCUGUUUUCUUUGACACUGGGACCUCUCAGUAAGGACUUUGUUGAAGAGCGCAAGUUCUGUAUGGAUACAUUUUUAGAAAUCAGUUUUUGAAGUUAUACAGACCGAUAGAUGACGACCAAAGAUACUUACAAUUUUAAAUUGGAAAGUCACCUAUUUUAAAUGUGCUUAAUUUUAAACGUUUUUCAGCUUAAAAAAUAAAACAGAUUGAUGAUAAUUCGAAAAUGAUAUUUUGAUUACAAGAUAUCUCAUAUAAUCUCAUAUUUUUUAACUUUCAUUCUCAUAUUUUGAACUCCCAUACUCAUGUUUUAAACUCCCAUUCUCAUGUCCUGAGAUUCAUUCCACUGUCUUGAAACUCAUUCUACUGUCUUGAAACUCAUUCUACUGUAUUGAAACCUAUUCUACUGUCUUGAAACUCAUUCUACUGUCUUUAAACUCAUUAUGCUGUCUUGAAACUCAUUCUACUGUCUUUAAACUCAUUAUGCUGUCUUGAAACUCAUUCUAAUGUAUUGAAACCUAUUCUACUGUCUUUAAACUCAUUCUACUGUCUUUAAACUCAUUAUGCUGUCUUGAAACUCAUUCUACUGUCUUUAAACUCAUUAUGCUGUCUUGAAACUCAUUCUACUGUCUUUAAACUCAUUAUGCUGUCUUGAAACUCAUUCUACUGUCUUUAAACUCAUUAUGCUGUCUUGAAACUCAUUCUACUGUCUUGAAACUCAUUCUACUGUCUUGAAACUCAUUCUACUGUAUUGAAACCUAUUCUACUGUCUUGAAACUCAUUCUACUGUCUUUAAACUCAUUAUGCUGUCUUGAAACUCAUUCUACUGUCUUUAAACUCAUUAUGCUGUCUUGAAACUCAUUCUACUGUAUUGAAACCUAUUCUACUGUCUUGAAACUCAUUCUAAAGUCUUGAAACAAAUUCUAAUGUCUUGAAACUCAUUCUACUGUCUUGAAACUCAUUCUAAAGUCUUGAAACAAAUUCUAAUGUCUUGAAACUCAUUCUACUGUCUUGAAACUCAUUCUAAAGUCUUGAAACAAAUUCUAAUGUCUUGAAACUCAUUCUAAUGGGUUAGAUUCUCAAUUUUAUUCAGCCUUUCUUUUUUAAGUCGAUGUUUUUCCUACAUUAAUAUCAAUCAUUUCAGCACACGUUCCUACAUUAAUAUCAAUCAUUUCACCACACUCUCCUACAUUAAUAUCAAUCAUUUCAGCACACGUUCCUACAUUAAUAUCAAUCAUUUCACCACACUCUCCUACAUUAAUAUCAAUCAUUUCAGCACACUUUCCUACAUUAAUAUCUAUCAUUUCAGCACACUUUCCUACAUUAAUAUCAAUCAUUUCAGCACACUUCACUACAUUAAUAUCAAUCAUUUCAGCACACGUUCCUACAUUAAUAUCAAUCAUUUCAGCACACUCUCCUACAUUAAUAUCAAUCAUUUCAGCACACUUUACUACAUUAAUAUCAAUCAUUUCAGCACACGUUCCUACAUUAAUAUCAAUCAUUUCAGCACACUCUCCUACAUUAAUAUCAAUCAUUUCACCACACUCUCCUACAUUAAUAUCAAUCAUUUCAGCACACGUUCUUACAUUAAUAUCAAUCAUUUCAGCACACUUUACUACAUUAAUAUCAAUCAUUUCAGCACACGUUCUUACAUUAAUAUCAAUCAUUUCAGCACACGUUCUUACAUUAAUAUCAAUCAUUUCAGCACACGUUCUUACAUUAAUAUCAAUCAUUUCAGCACACGUUCCUACAUUAAUAUCAAUCAUUUCAGCACACUUUACUACAUUAAUAUCAAUCAUUUCAGCACACGUUCUUACAUUAAUAUCAAUCAUUUCAGCACACGUUCCUACAUUAAUAUCAAUCAUUUCAGCACACUUUACUACAUUAAUAUCAAUCAUUUCAGCACACGUUCUUACAUUAAUAUCAAUCAUUUCAGCACACGUUCCUACAUUAAUAUCAAUCAUUUCAGCACACGUUCCUACAUUAAUAUCAAUCAUUUCAGCACACUCUCCUACAUUAAUAUCAAUCAUUUCACCACACUCUCCUACAUUAAUAUCAAUCAUUUCAGCACACGUUCCUACAUUAAUAUCAAUCAUUUCAGCACACUCUCCUACAUUAAUAUCAAUCAUUUCAGCACACGUUUCUACAUUAAUAUCAAUCAUUUCAGCACACUCUCCUACAUUAAUAUCAAUCAUUUCACCACACUCUCCUACAUUAAUAUCAAUCAUUUCAGCACACGUUCCUACAUUAAUAUCAAUCAUUUCAGCACACGUUCCUAAAUUAAUAUCAAUCAUUUCACCACACUCUCCUACAUUAAUAUCAAUCAUUUCAGCACACGUUCCUACAUUAAUAUCAAUCAUUACAGCACACAUUCCUAAAUUAAUAUCAAUCAUUUCAGCACACUUUCCUACAACAUGACGACCAGCUUUGCUGUCCAUUUUCCCGCCCCUGUCAACUAUGCACAAGCUGCUGUGACGUGUCAGUGUCUGGACUCACAUCUUUACGUUGCCAAAACACGGGAGAAAAGCGCCCUCUUCUCUAACCUCUCCGUGACAUGCACUUGGCUUGGGUUGGACGACCGUGACGCUGAGGGUCAGUUUGUGUGGUCAGAUGACCAUCAGCCUAUUGACCCACUGACGUUGCAGAUGUUGUUUUAUCCUAACAGCCCUGAUGACCACAUGGGUCGACAAGACUGCGUAAUGGGAUGUGGCCAGGCCUUGGACGACCAUUUCUGUGAAUCUGAAUUUUCAUUUAUUUGUGAGAAAUCAAACUCUCUUUGCCGAGAGGGCUAA